AUGGCCACCGCCGUUGGUCUGGGCCCCGGCUCGGCAGACAUUUUCUCCCUGGUCGUUCGGAUGGGGAAAACAGCGAAGAUGCUACACGAUGUUCGAAAGGUGAUACCAGAAGAACUGGCUAGAGUAGGAGCCCAAGUUGAAGGUCUGUAUCAAUUAAUGAGCCAGCUCAGUGAGAUACCGGGCUGCCACGAGAUUGCCUUUCGACUGUGCAGGGAUGACUGUGACAGGCUAUUAGAAAAGCUUAACAAGUUGGAAAAGACCUUCCGCUCGGAGGCGAAGAAAGAUAUGCUGGAUAAGCUCGCCAAGGCUGCAGCAUUGAGAAAUUGGGAACGGGAUCUGAUGUAUGUCGAGAAUAUGAUUAGGGAUGUCAAACUAAGCCUGACAUUAACCCUUUCUACUUGUGGUCUUCUUCCCCAGGCAAAUACUCUGACGGACAGACCUAGUAGUAUGCUUGAGGCGGCAGAAGAAGAACCAGAAUCAAGAACAAGACUUGAAAUAGAAGCCGAGUUGAAUUCCGGGGAAGACACGGAAGCCGCUGCAAAAGAAACUAUAUCCCAGAUUGUACAGGUAUCGAACACACCAUCUACAGGUCGCUUGAUCAUCCGUCGGAGAGGCUCUCUUGAUUUUCAACUUCCCGACUGCACGUCGCGGAGAUGUUCAUGUUCUUGUCAUAGGACUCAUGAGGUGUCUUCUCGAUUCUGGAGACUGAGAUACACGCCGGCCCUGCCUUUUUCUCGGCAGUGUGACCAGGCUGGGUGUACUGCCACCGAAUAUAACACAACUCUGAGACUGGCAUUGUCCCAAUUCGGUCUUAACUGGGCUCUCAACCUUGGAAUGAAUGUGACAAAGUCUGUCAUAAAGCUUACAGUUUCUCCGAUCCUCGAAUUAGAACAGAUAGUCCCAUAUACUGCGCCUGGCUUCGAGAUCAUUGCCCGACUUCGGCAUGAUGGAAUGACUUACCAGGAAGCUCAGCAAGCAUUCAUCCAUCUAUUUCAAACAGUACCAAACUUCAAGAAUCAUGUCGAUCCGAGUGGGAAGUCAUAUACUCAAGUGCUCUUGGAGUCUGUUUGGUCACCGAACGAUCAGCUGGACCUUCUUGAGCUGCUUAUGGGAGAACUUGGAAUUAUUCGUGGGAGGGACGAUGUUAGUUUUUUGACUCAAUGUGCGACAUGGAUCGGAGAAGGGCCCCAUUUCCCGCUGCUUAACGAACUAUUUGACUACGGCUUUGAUGUGAACAGUCUCGGCUGCCCAAACGUCCUGGACUGGCCUCGACCAUGUUCGCCUAAUUGGAUAUCUGAGGAGCAAACUCAUGAUCCGUUUUUUAUCAAAUACAUCUCAAUUCUAUGUGAGCAGAGCCAAGGUUUUGGUGCAAUGACACCGCUCCACGAGGCUGUAGUUUUUGGGACCGAGGAGACUGUGCAAAAAUGGCUUCUGAAGUCAGAAAAUGACCAGAAGAAUUUCCUUGGACAGACACCACUCCAUUUUGCUGCUGCUCAAGGCAGACACCUCGACUCGCUGAUUGCAUAUGGUCACGACUUAGAUGCGGUCGACUACCACGGGAACACACCGCUUAUGUACGCGGCAGCAAUGAACCAAGCUGAAUCGGCGAUGUUGCUAAUUGACUCUGGCGCAAAUCCUGGCCUCCGCGAGAACAACCAUCGCCGCCUAUUCACGGACUAUGCUGCCUCUCGCGGCCAUUGGCGUUUACUUCUUGAUAUCGUUGACCAUAUCAAAGAAGUCGCAGGGGAAACACACUCAACUCCAUGGGCAGAGAAGGCAACAGUACUUUUUCAUCUCUCAUACGCGAUAAGCCGUCUAGAAGGAAAUAUCUCGCUUGGAGACUUUUUAUCCAGGUGCCCGAAUGCUGACUUUACAUUUCUCAUGAGACUCGGUGAAGGAGGCGCCCAAACUCUAUUGCACAAUUGCAAGUCCGUCGAGGAUAUUGAAGAGUUGAUAUCUGCCGGAUUCAAGAACAUUGACCAAAGGAAUAGCCUUGGGCAAACUGCACUCAUGUGUGCCAUUUCAGCACGGGUAUCUGUACCAUUGGUAUCCAAACUCAUCCAAGCUGGUGCUGAUGUGAAUCUCAAGGAUGAGAAAGGCUGCACUGUUCUACAGUAUGCGCUUCGAAACAUAGACUCUUCUGCUCAGUCCAAGACGAGCAGAGGCAUGGAAAUCUUAGGUAUCCUCCUGCGCCAGGGCGUUGAAUUGUAUCCCAGGGAGAAAUGCAGAUGUCCAUGCUCGCCCGAUGGGUUUGCGCCGGACAUUGAGCUUAAUACUAAUAGCGAUUUCGGCCGUGUUUGGGGCCCAUCUGAAGCCCCCAUCUGGUGGCUGGAAUGGAUCACGCAAAUAUAUGAAAUUCGAGGUGAAGAUGAUGCCCGGACGACACUCCUUGCACUCCUCCGAAGGUUUAAGCACAAGCACCAAGACGUGAGCCAUGUUUAUUGUCCGAUGAGUUUGGAAACAGACUUCUUCUGGGACAAUCUGAGGAGUAUGGCGGAUGUGCCCCGGAUCAGCGAGGAGGAUAUCGACGAUAUCUUAGAAGAGGAAUCGGAGUUUAUCGAGUCUCUGGAGGAGGAAAUGAGAUUGGUCUCCAAUUUUGACCACCAGAGUCUGAUUAACGAGUUCAUCUUGUGUUUCAAAAUAGCACUAGACGACGGAAAAAGGAAGCGCGAGUCCCAAGCCAAGGCGAUACGGCGAAUGCAACCACCUAAGCCCGAGAGACAGGGGUUCAAAAUCGACCGGAGGAACGACCGAUUUAUCCCACCCCCCUCCAGCAGUGAUUGGACUACUUUUGUCGGCCCUUCCUAUGGAGCGAGGCAGUUUUCGGCAUAUAUCUCCUGGUUGGCACAUCAAUACCUCCGUGGUGGAUUAAUUCAGCUAGAAGAGCCGGCACAGGAGCAAUGGCUCUCUAGACGGUAUCCAUGGAUCUGUUCGUUUUUGAAUGUUUUCGAAAUAUCGCUUGAAGAUAUUUUUCAAAAGGAAAAUGAAGAAGGCGACCCUGACUUAAAAUUGCAAGACAAGCGAGCAAGAGAACUUCUCCGAUCUUUAUGGGCCAAGUAUCAAACGAAGUCUUGA